AUUAGUAGUUCAUCUCUUUCUCUCUCACGUAUGGUAGACACACUCUCUCUCUCUCUCUUUAGAGAAGGCGAUUGCAGAGAACAUAUAUUACACUACUAAGUAGUAGUACAGUAAAAAAAAAAAUACAAAAUCAAAGAGAAACAAAAGGGAAGAGACAAAGAAAAAGAAAGAAGAAAAAACGACAGCCACAGCCACAAAAAGCUCAAGAUUUACGACAACUAUUAUAUAUCUUUUUCACUACACUCACAUAUAUAGAGAUACUAGAUAUAUAUCAUCAGUAGUGUGAUAUAUUAUGAAGAAGAUGAUAUGGAAGUGGUAAGAUUGGAAGAGGAGCAACGCCAGCAGAAUAAUAAAUUGGCGACGAAUUCUAUGUCACAAGAUUAUAUGUUUAAUUUCUCGCAUGGUUUAACAUCUCAUCAAGAUCAUAUCGCAAAUCAGAUCCGGAGAGAUAAGCAGCUGAGAGUAGUGCAGCAAGGGUUUGUUGAGCCAUUGGUUGAUGGAUUACAAGAUCAAGAUGGUGAUGAUGGGAUUAAUAAUCCUACGGUCUAUGAGACCGGAGCUGGGAUGUUAUCCGAGAUGUUUAACUUCCAAAACGUCGGUCCAGCUACCGAAUUGUUGCAAAAUCAAUUGAAUUAUCAACAACAACAACAUAACGACCGUAGUAAUCAACGUCCUUCUACCGGAGAUAAUUGGUAUGGAAAUACUCAAGCCAUGCAGCUUUUUUUGAUGAAUCCAUCAUCACAUGAUCAUCAUCAAUCACCUUCUUCACAAUCUCAUCAUCAUCAUCCUUCUUCAACUUCUAAUUCUUCAUCAACACUUCAUAUGUUGUUACCAAACACUUCGAAUUCGCCUGUAUUGCAUCAUCAACAAAGUUUCGGUGGUACGUCUGGUUCGGGACAUCAAAGCGGCCAAUUCAUCGGUCCAUCUACACAAUUUACAUGGGUACCUCCUGGUGGUAGUGGUACAUCAACCCAUGAUGGUAGUGGUGGAGGUGAUACUCAUGGCCUUUCUUUAUCUUUAUCUUCUAAUUUACAACAUUUGGAAGGAACUAAAGUGGAAGAAUUAAGAAUUGGUGAUGAUCCAACGACCGCGAUGAUGUACUUUAAUCAAGCUGCUGGUGGUGGCGGCGGCGGCAGUGGUAUUAGUGGAAGUGAUCCGUAUCGAAAUUUGCAAUUGCAAGGAGGAGUUAUGGGUCCAACUCAUCAUCAUCCAAUUCAUGUGGGUUAUGGUUCUUCUUCAAUAGGUGUAGUGAAAGCAUUGAGGACCUCUAGAUAUGUGAGGCCGGCUCAAGAAUUACUUGAAGAAUUUUGUAGCGUUGGACGAGGUCAAUUUAAGGUCAAUAAGCCACAAACUGGAUCCAAACAUAACCCGAAUCAAAAUCCGAGUAAUAGUGGUGGUGGUGCAUCUUCUACUUCCUCAAAAGAUGCCCCUCCUUUGUCAUCUGCUGAUAGAAUUGAACAUCAAAGACGAAAAAGCAAACUAUUAUCCAUGCUUGAUGAGGUGGAUAGAAGAUACAAUCACUACUGUGAACAAAUGCAAAUGGUGGUGAAUUCAUUCGACUUGGUCAUGGGUUUCGGUGCCGCGGUUCCUUAUACAGCACUAGCACAAAAGGCAAUGUCUCGCCAUUUUCGGUGUCUAAAGGAUUCAAUUGCGGCCCAGUUAAAGCAUAGUUGCGAGUUAUUAGGCGAAAAAGAUGUGGGUACUUCGGGAGUGACAAAAGGAGAGACACCAAGACUUAAAUUGUUGGAACAAAGUCUAAGACAACAAAGGGCAUUUCACCAAAUGGGCAUGAUGGAGCCUGAAGCUUGGCGACCUCAAAGAGGCUUGCCCGAACGCUCUGUUAAUAUUCUUAGAGCUUGGCUUUUCGAGCACUUUCUACACCCGUAUCCAAGCGAUGCCGAUAAACACCUGUUGGCUCGACAGACUGGCCUUUCCAGAAACCAGGUAUCAAAUUGGUUCAUAAAUGCAAGGGUCAGGUUGUGGAAACCCAUGGUGGAGGAAAUGUAUCAACAAGAAAGCAAAGAAGAAUCUGAUCAUCAUCGUCAUCAACAUCCUAAUCAAAUUGAAGAUAAUAAUCAAGAUAAUGAUAUAAUUGAUGAAGAUCAUCAUCAUGAACAACAACAAGGACACCAAGAUGAUGAACAUAAAAUAAAUCAUCAUCAUAAUCAUAAUUAUCAAAAUAUUAAUCCCGCCACACAAACAAUAUCAUCAUCAAUCAUGCCGCCGCCGCCACCACCACCACUACUGUCGCCACCUCAUCAUCAGACGACAUACACAAACACAAAAAGAUCCGAAAUCAAUGAAUCCGAAAACGACAUGUCAUCAUCACUCCUUGCAAUCAAUCCACAACAACAACAACAACAUUGUAAUUUCUCGGAAAACCAAGCAGAAGCAGCAGCAAGUAUGCCCUACAGCAAUACAUACACACAGCAACCUAUAUCGACGACGUCCACCAUGGCACAACCACCAUUUGAUGAUGUGGACACAUGUCGACGUAGCAGCAGCAGCAUGCUUGGCGCUGCUGAUGAUCAAUACAGGACCACUACGACCGCAUCAGGAUCAGAUGAUGACAAUGCUGACAUUGGCGGGUCAACAGUCAUACGAUUUGGGACCACUUCUGGUGACGUGUCACUUACUUUAGGGCUACGUCAUGCCGGAAAUAUGCCGGAGAAGACUUCUUUUUUCGGUUAGAUAAACCAAAACUAUUUAUAGUUAAUUCUUGGCCGGUAUUGGGCGUACGGACGUAAAUUUUAUUUAUCAAGUAGUAUUAUUAUUAAUUUACAGUAGUAUCCAUUCGACCGUAUAUGUCAUAAUGUACGUAUUUUGGUCUUUUUCUAAGUUAUACAUUUUUCUUUACUUUA